GUAUACCGCAGCAUGGUGGGGGCGGACGGGUGGUGCCGGCACUACGACAAGGACACUCGAGCAUGCCGCAUAUACCACUCCCGCCCUCGCUUCUGCCGAGUGGAAGCGGAUGUUUUUUGGGACCUGUACCGUAUUGCACCGCAUCAACUGGCAGCCAUGGCGAGAAG